AGGACUGACGUUGCGUUGUCACAGAAAGACGGUACAGGUUGCAAUCGAACAUUCGAUGAGGGCCUACAGCUUUACCAACCUGUACUUCAUCUGUGACGUUCUGGCACUGGGCUAGCCGCUGGGGUCCAACAGAAACGUCUGCCCCACUCCACUGGAACGUGCAAGACGGAGGUUAACACAAGCAUUGCUCAGACGAACGACCACGUAAGAGUGAUGAAGGAAAGUUCCAGUUGCCAUGAGGUCCUGUGAAAUACGUAUCCUGGUCUAGCCUGAGGGGUCAUCCUAAGGAAGGAAUCCUGGUGCGGAGCUCUGAAGAGGGAGCUAGGCGAACGAGGACAGGUGCAGAAUACACCCACCGGAGGGGGCAGCCGGUGCAAAGGGGGAGAGCAAGGGGGAGGGAUAAAGAUGAAGUCAGAGAAGUGGAUAGUGGCCACACUACGCGGGACUUGGGGGCCAUGAAGGCAGUUUCUUUACAAGUCGGAGGAUGGAAAGCAGGGGAGACCCAGGACAGCAGCCAGUUUCUUCUUCGCUUCAGAGAUGAGCAGCUUCAGGAGAGGGUCUUGUCCGUCCCCAGCUGUUUGUGAUCGCACAUCGUAUCCCUUGUCCCGACCACAUCCCUGGCUCAUGCCUUGGGCCCCAGACCACACCCGAGCCCCUUCCCUCCUCUCCCUGAAUCCUCGGAGGUGGCGCCCUCCCUCUGCCCUUCCGAAUGGCCCUGAUGAUCUCAUUAGUGUAGCGUCAGGGAACGAUCCUAAUCGGUUUAGCCGGAGGCAGGAUAAAUUUCCAGCCGCACCCUGCUGAGGGAGACCUGGUCACUCACACCCAUGGCCCCCUGAGACCUGCCCAGUGCGUGCCUGGUGUGCCCCCAGCCCACAGCGUGAGGAAGUCUAGAAGCCAGAGGUCUCCGCCAUCCUGGCCAUGAACCUGGAGCCACCCAAGGCCGAGAUCCGGUCGGCCACCAGGGUGAUUGGGGGGCCUGUCACUCCCAGGAAAGGGCCCCCCAAAUUUAAGCAGCGGCAAACCAGGCAGUUCAAGAGCAAACCCCCCAAGAAAGGCGUCCAAGGGUUUGGGGAUGACAUCCCUGGAAUGGAAGGCCUGGGAACAGAUAUUACGGUCAUCUGCCCAUGGGAGGCCUUCAACCACCUGGAGCUGCACGAACUGGCCCAGUACGGCAUCAUCUAGCGCGAGAGCCUGACCCGGAGUCCCAGGGCCCUACCCCCCGCUGCCCUCUCCGACCCCUGGUCAGGAUUCCUGUGAGGAAGCCCAUCCCCCCGAGGGUGUCCGGAUUGUCCAGUUUGUGUUUGGAGACCCUUGCAAGGUGACAACCUUGGGACCCUAGAUGCUAGUUACCAGAGGCCCCCCGUCUCCCUGCAGGACAUCUCGGGCCCGGUCAGGCCCUGCUUAACUUCCAGAGGCCCGCAGAUCUUCUUUUAGGGCUGGAAAGCCAGGGCAGGGCUCCCAGAAAUGUCCCUCACCCCGUGCUCCCGUCCUGCUAUCUGGUGGUGAGGACAAGCCCCCCUCGCCAGUCCUUCCCAGCUGGUGCCCUUGGGUUGGUGGCGGGGGAGGGGCGGGGGGCGGUGUCCCGGUGGCAUCAGCAAGAGCGUGGCACCCCUCCAAACCCAUCACGCCAGCAGGAAACCUGACCUCCCCGCCACGGCCCAUGCUUGCUGUCCGUGUUGCAAAAUAAAGUCAGCAUGCCUCCCCUC